UUGCUUCUAGUGCGUGUGGUGGCGGUGGAAAGAUUGGUGGAAACAGGGCCGCGACGUGAACGCUCUUUCCUUGACCCCGGUACAUUUCAAUUUUGGGCCGUAUUUAAAAUUUGGGGCAAAAGGUAUAAGGGAGACAUGAGGGGUAACUAUUUCACAUGAUCUGGAACAUAUUCUGGUGGCACGGUGGCGCAGGGGUAGGGUUGCUGCCUCACAGCGCCAGAGACCUGGGUUUGAUCCUGACUCAGGGUGCUGUCUGUACGGAGUUUGCACGUUCUCCCUGUGACCUCGUGGGUUUUCUCCGGGUGUUCCGGUUUUCUCCCACAUUUCAAAGAUAUACAGGUUUAUAGGUUAAUUGGCCUCCGUAGACUGUCCCUAGUGUGUAGGAUAGAUUGAGAUGAAUAGAGAAAAAUGGGAAAACGAACAUGUUCCAAUUCGUAUGAAAAGAUAAUCAUUUUAAUGUGUUUUAAAAUUAAAUCAUGUUUCUAUUUCAAUUAAUCCACUAAUUGCUUUUAGGUUUGGUGGUUUAAAGAUGUUUAGAAUAAAGGGGAGGUCAUUUAAGACUGAGGUGAGGAAAAACCUUUUCUCCCAGAGAGUUGUGAAUUUAUGGAAUUCCCUGCCACAGAGGGCAGUGGAGGCCAAGUCACUGGAUGGAUUUAAGAGAGAGUUACAUAGAGCUCUAGGGGCUAGUGGAGUCAACGGAUAUGGGGAGAAGGCAGGCAUGGGUUAUUGAUAGGGGACGAUCAGCCAUGAUCACAAUGAAUGGCGGUGCUGGCUCGAAGGGCCGAAUGGUCUCCUCCUGCACCCAUUUUCUAUGUUUCUAUGUUUCUAUGUAAAGCUGAGAGUCGAUUUAAAUAAAUUAAAUCUCUCCAUCUUGGGGAGGAUAAAUAGUGAAACUGAGGGACUGAAUGAAUAACUUGUCUUGCGCAGCUGGUACAGCCUCACCGCACGGCGCCAGAAAAAACCCCGGUUCGAUCCUGACCUCGGGUGCUGUCUAUGCGGAGUUUGCACGUUCCCUCAGCGACCGCGUGGGUUUUCUCCGGGUGCUCCGGUUUCCUACCACAUCCAAUGGAGGUGCGGGUUUGUAAGUUAGUUGGCCUUUUGUGUAAAAAUUGCCCCUGGUAUGUCGGGAGUGGAUGUGAGUGUGGGGCAAUGGAGAACGAGUGUGAAGGGGUGAUCGAUGGUCGGCGUGGACUUUGUGGGCGGUGGACCCUGUUUCCAUGCUGUAAAGUAAAUUAAACAAAUUAAUUGCCCUUCAUAAAUUGGUGAGCAUUUUUUGCUCAGGGAUGUAAACUGCUGUGUUAACAUGUACUAAACCUUAAUUUGAACACAGGGCAAUGAGGAUAGAGGAGAGUCUGAGUCCUCUUUUUCAGCAGAGACAUGAAUGAAAGGAGUGGCUGGAGAAGUGAAAGAAAGAGUUAAAGUCUGCGCUCACUAAAACGCAUGCUUUAGAAAAAUAUUUACCCUUGUGCCCCUUUCGUGGUCCAAGCUAAACAACCGAAAGGAAUCCAGAAAUCAUGUGAGAACUGCCAUCGAUUUGACCUCCGAUGUUUACACAGCCUGUGACCCAUUAAUAAAAAACAUUGCGGCAUUACUACCUAAUUGCAGAUCCUUUAUUCCUUGUCUAGAUACAAACCGUUCCGUCAAGGCAGCAGCUCAGGUUCAACGCAGAAAACAGCUCGGAGGACCAAGUGCGACAAAAUGAACCGCACUCUGUUGCUGCAGGUUGUUCUACUGACCCUGUGUGUGGUCUGGUGCGGGGCGAGAGACGGCCCUACUCUAGACUAUGAUGAUGAAAAUGACACCGAUGUUUCAGAAGACGACAUUAACACGAGCUCAAUACCAAGUGUGGCUGACAUCAUGAAAUCAUUUAAAGCCACUCGGCAGAAGGUGAAUGGUACCAAUGAGACGUACAUCAUGGUGGACGAUGCAGUUAGAGCCCACCUGACAGGUUCCACCACCUUAGCUGUCAUCCCAGCUCUUUAUACCUUGGUCUUUGCUGUUGGGCUGCCAGCUAACGCACUGGGACUGUGGAUAAUGGCCACUAAGAUCAGGAAACUCCCUUCCACCGUCUUCCUGAUCAACCUGACCACGGCCGACCUCCUCCUCAUGCUGAUCCUGCCGUUCAAGAUCUCCUACCACCUCCAGGGCAACAACUGGGUGUUCGGCGAAGCUCUGUGCCGGACGAUGACCGCCUUGUUCUACGGCAACAUGUACUGCUCCAUCCUCCUGCUCACAGUCAUCAGCGUGGACCGCUACUGCGCCCUGGUCCACCCGUUCACCUCCCGGCAGUUCAGGGACAACGUGUUCGCCGCCGGCGUGUGCUCUGCCAUCUGGGUGACCACCCUGCUCCUGGUCCUGCCCUUCCUCUUCGUGGAGCAGCAGCUCCGGCCCCACAACCUGAACAUCACCACCUGCCACGACGUGCUGCUGCAGGAUCAGCAGACCGGGUUUUUCUUCCGCUACUUUGUAUCGCUGGUGGUGGUCGGCUUUUUGAUCCCCUGCUGUGUCACCUUAUUCUGCUACGGCUCCGUCAUCAAGACCUUAGCGUCCAACAAGAAGAGUUACACACGGGCCGCGGUGGUCACUUUGCUGAUUCUGCUGGUGUACGUCUGCUGUUUUGCCCCCAGCAAUGUAAUCCUCCUCAUUCACCACUCCGAGUACCAGCUCACCGGCGACAGUGAUCUCUACAUUUACUACAUGGUCUGCCUGGUUCUCAGCAGCGCCGGCAGCUGCAUCGACCCCUUCAUCUAUUAUUACAUUUCCGACGAGUUCAGGGUCAGGGUCAAACAUGUCAUUUGCUGCAGCAAGGACCAGCAGUCCUCUCGAUCUGGCCGGACCACCACUCAAGAACUCCUGCGCACCAACACCACCACCAACCACCACCUCCUCCUCAAACUCCCGGGCCAGGGCAACAGUGAGAACUAACAUCUGAUUCGGUGGAAGACCUGGGAAAAUCUCAAGGACCCGAGGAGAAAAUAAAAAAUAGAGAGAUCCAUCCAGAAACGACUUUGGGCCUGUAAAUACCUGCAGUCCUAACUGCCUGGUCAUGUAGUUCAAAGAAAUGGGAUAUGAUCCAAAAUCUUUGUUCAGGUUAAUUCAGGAUAUUCAUUUUUUUUCCCCCUCAGGUGUCGCUUCUUUGGAAUGAAGAAGUGUUGCCGUUAGCGACAGUGCAAGUUCUAGAUUCUAAGCAAGUGCUUACAAAGUUGAGGAACUGCCUUUUUUCGCUCCACACCACAGCUUUCUAAUAGAGUCGUAGACACAUGCAGCAUGGCAACAGGCCCAUCAGACCUAAGUUCCCCACACUGGCCAACAUGUCCCAUCUACACUUAGUCCCAUCUGCCUGCAUUUGGCCCAUAUCUCUCUAAACCUGUCCUAUCCAUGUACCUGUCUAACUGUGUCUUCAUUGUUGCGAUAGUCCCAGCCUCAGCUACCUCCUCCGGCAAUUCAUUCCAUGCACCCACCACCCUUUGUGUGACAAGGUUACCCCUCAGAUUUCUAUUAGAUCUUUCUCCCCCCUCACCUUAAACCGACGCUCGCUGGUUCUCCUAACGUCUCCGCUCUUCCCCUUUCUCACGUGAGGCUCCUAACGGUAACCUUUAUCUUGGUGGUACAAUGGCGCAGCCACAGAGCUGCUGCCUCACAGCAUCGCAGUCCAGGGUUCAAUCCUGACUGCAGUUGCUGUCUGUGUGGAGUUUGCACGUUCUCCCUGUGACUGCGUAGGUUUUCUCUAGGUGCACUGGUUUCCUCCGCCAUUCUAAAUACGUGCAGGCGUGGAGGUUCAUUCACUUCUGUAACUUGCACCCCAGGACCCGCCACAAUCCAUCACCAUCUUGGCAAGGCCGCUCCAAUCCACGCGGUGCAUCAAUGGGCCUGGACCUCCCUGUGUAACCCCUAAAGCAGCAGCUAAUGAAUGAUGAGUUGAUACUUUAUGGCCACAUGUACCCAGGUACAGUGAAAUGCUUUGUUUUGCACAUAAUCUGGUAAAGUCGUACAGUAGACCUCACCUCGGCAGCACACACAAGAGUCGCCAUGCAUCAGAGUUGCUAAAGUUCACUGAACCUUCCUAACUUCUGCUUGCCUCCGCACGGGGCAGCAAGUGGUCCCCAGCUGGGACCCCCCCCCCCCCCCC